UUAGUGCUGGCAUGCUUUAUGCAAAUGUGUCCAAAAUCGUAAUAAUUUUGUUCAUUUAUCAGCCAUUUUAACACCGCCGUAUCAUCAUUAACUUAUCAUAUCCUUGGUGUCGAUUUCAGGCAGCAACACCGCCUACAAUACGAUGUACGUCUUCAAUUCGAAUUAAAUGAACUUUAGCUCAGCUGCAAUUGUAUUGAAGUAAGGAAGGUGCGGUCUCAACCCCUUCUCUGCGCCGUCAACUAAUCAAACUGUCUGACCGAAACACGAUAGGAAAAGACAAAAGUAAAUCUUGUGUCCAGCAGAGUCCAGCAAACGUCGAGCAGAAACCGCCUCUUCUCUGAUCCACCACUACUCACCGCAAACCAUACUUGCUUAAAUCUUGUUAGUUUUCAAAAACUUAUUUCCAGGGGGAAAGCAACAAAUUCGUAUAAGCUAUAGGGUCGAGCAGAAGCCGGCUCUUUUCAGAGCCACUACACUCACAAAUUAAGGUUUUACAUGGUGUCGCCUCAAACCAUUCAAAUAAAUCUUGUUAGUUCCUUUUUUAAACCCAAGUUUCUGAAAAAACAAAGGGUUUCAGAAUUCUAACCAAAACUUGCCGUCGAGUUAAAAAAAAAAAAUUAAAAAAAUGGCGGACCGAAGCCAGGGCGCUUCUACUUCUCAUCAGCAGGCAACCGCCGGUGUGAGCACCACGCCCCAAUCUGGCACUUACCGUUUCGCGCAACUCUCGUCCGGGGCUCUCUUCUGUGGACUGCGGAAAAGUCUACGAGAAAUACUUCGCUCUAAGCAUUCGUCACCAAUGUACUGUGUAAAACCGAUGAUGUACUCUCAGAAGGACAUGUUCUUCAGUCCCAGGUCGAGGCAUAAUGAGCAGGAUGACGAUGACGAGGCUGGGAGCUCGACCUCGCUUUGGGAUGCAGCACGCCAUGAUCCGAAGGCACAUCUGCACUUUAAUUCUGCAGUUCGACAAGCCGUUGAGAAAUAUUCCGACGUUCUGAAGGGAUUGAAAUGUCACCACAUGGAAGAUAUCAUUGGAGAGGUAAUGCGUCUCUGUCCACUUUUAAGGAAUGACGUCAUCGUGAGGAAAAAAGUUUGUGGCGCCAUCAAAUCGUACAUCUGCAAUGCCGUCACGCACUACAAAAGAAAACAGAGGAACCUGAAAACCCCAAUCAUCCCUGCCGGAGCCCAAUCGCGCGUCCAACAACCAAAACACCAGACUGCCUCCACGUCUCGAAAACGGGGACAGGAGGCGGUCAUCAAAACGGCGCUCUCAUCUGAAGAUGAAGUGUACCAAGAUUCACCCAACUCUUAUCAAGAUGAUUUGAUUGACUACUCCGCCAAUGUAGAUGAGAGUAAUGUGACCAUCGAAGUGUCGAGUAUUCCUUCACCACAAGAUGGUAUGGGUGGUGUCAUGCUUGUACAGGGACCUGUCCAAUCACCUAAUCUCCACCACAGCCUGCCAGGAUCCAGCGAGUACAUCCACGCUGCAGCCAGACAGUCGGAAAGCCAACAGCACCACUUUGUGACACGGCACCGCGGUGAGAUUCCUGCCAUAAGAAGUACACCCAGGCUGAUUGAGAUCUCAGACGUACGGAGUAUCACCAUGGACUCGGACUGUGUGGCAUCCUCGGCCGAUAGAGGCAACCAAGAAUUCCGAUUCAGUGAUGGUCCUACUAUGGAGGAACUGAGAUCUGUCCAAGCUGAUUUUGCCAAGCAGAGAGAUUGGGAUCAGUUCCAUCAACCAAGAAAUCUACUGCUAGCAAUGAUUGGUGAAGUUGGUGAAGUCUCAGAGCUUUUUCAAUGGAGGGGAGAAUGCAAAGAGGGGCUUGAAGAUUGGUCGGAGAAAGACAAAAAACAUCUCGGUCAGGAGCUCAGCGAUGUCUUGAUGUAUCUCAUACGGUUAGCGGAGAAAUGCCACGUAGAUCUGCCACAAGCUGCUAUGGAGAAGAUUGGCUUAAACGCCAAGAAAUAUCCAGCGCACAAAGUACAUGGGUCCAGUAAGAAGUACACCGAGUAUGAAUGAGUGAGUUUCUACAUCCUACUUGAC